AUGCGGGUUCAUCCCACGUUUCAUGUUUCCAAAGUCAAACCGGUCCGAGAAAGCGCCCUGGUCCCUGCCGCGCCGCCUCCACCGCCUCCUCGCCUCAUCGAUGGAGGUCCCGCCUACACUGUCCGUCGCAUCCUGCAGUCUCGCCGGCGUGGGAGGGGAUUCCAGUACUUGGUGGACUGGGAGGGUUACGGUCCUGAAGAAAGGUCCUGGGUCCCCGGGAGGAACAUCGUGGACCACACCCUCAUCAGGGACUUCCAUCGACGCAACCUCACCCAGACGUCCAGAACCAGGCCACCUUCCAGACCACAUCCUCCGACGGAGUCCCCGAACGACAGCGACGACGCCGAGGACGGGGCAGGGCCCCCCUACUCUGAGGAGGACGACGACACUCUCCCCGGGACCAUGGAGGUAGAGAUGGAUGCUGGACUCUCGGACGAGUAUUAG